AUGAAGCUGGAUACGGCCGUGGGCUGCGUGCUGGUGCUGACAGCUGUGGUGCUGACGGCGACAGGAGCAGUUCCUUUCCCCAAGCCCCUCGGGGUCCUCGCAGAUGCACAGGGCUGCCACUUGGCCCAGUUCCAGUCUCUGUCCCCACAAGAGCUGCAGGCCUUCAAGAGGGCCAAGGACACCUUUGAAGAGUCACUUUCCCAGAAGGCUUGGAGCUGCCGCCCCCGACUCUUCCCCAGGACCUGGGACCUGCAGCAGCUGAAGGUGUGGGAGCGCCCCGUGGCCUUGGAGGCUGAGCUGACCUUGACACUGAAGGUCCUGGAGGCCAUGGCUGACUCGUCCCUGGGGGACAUCCUGGACCAGCCCCUUCACACGCUGCGCCACAUCCACUCCGAGCUCCAGGCCUGUGUCCCAGCUCAGCCCCCAGCAGGCCCCCGGUCCCGAGGCCGCCUCCACCACUGGCUGCAGCGCCUCCACGAUGCCCCAGAGAAGGAAUCCCUCGGCUGCCUGGAAGCCUCUGUCAUGUUCAACGUCUUCCGCCUCCUCACCUGGGACCUGAAAUGUGUGGCCAGUGGAGACCUGUGUGUGUGA